AUGAGACGAAUUGCAUAUUUCUACAGUCCUGACUCCGGGAGCUUCCACUACGGCGCAGGGCACCCCAUGAAACCGCACAGAAUUGCUGUCACGCACUCCAUUGUUUUUGCGUACGGCCUGCAGAGAUACAUGGACGUGUACGCCAUCAAGCCCGCAACAAAGCUCGAAAUGCUCGAGUACCACACAGAGGACUACAUAAACUCGCUUACGUCAGAGGGCGCAGAGAGCAACCCGUGCGAUCGAAUAACAGAUGACUGCCCGUACUUUGACGGGAUUGGAGAGAUGUGCGCUCUCUACUCGGGCGGCUCUCUGCAGUCUGCUCGCUUUCUGAACGAAAAGCAGUACGACAUAUGCAUAAACUGGUCGGGCGGUCUGCACCAUGCAAAGAAGUCCGAGCCAAGCGGAUUUUGCUACACGAACGACAUAGUGCUGGCCAUACGAGAGCUCCUGAAGAAGCACGAAAAGGUCAUGUACAUAGACAUAGACAUACACCACGGGGACGGGGUGGAAGAGGCUUUCUACCACACAGAUAGAGUGCUGACUCUCUCACUGCACAAGUACGGAGACAAAUACUUCCCAGGGACAGGCAACAUAUGCUGCACAGGGCGCGGUGCUGGGGCUGGCACAUCGAUCAAUGUUCCCCUUGACUUUGGGAUUGAUGACGAGUCUUACCAUUACGUCUUUAAAAAUGUGGUGAAAAUGUGUGUGGACUCUUUCUCCCCCGAGGUGAUUGUGAUGCAGUGCGGAUCAGACUCGCUGGCUGCCGACAGGAUAGGAUGCUUUGGGCUGAGCAUCAAGGGGCACGGGGAGUGUGUUAAGUUCGUAAGGGAUCUGAACAUUCCCAUGCUUGUGCUGGGGGGCGGUGGGUACAAGCCUAAGCACGUGUCUAGGUGCUGGGCGUACGAAACUGCGAUACUCUGCAACGUAGAGAUAGGGAAUGACAUACCCAGCAAUCCGCACUCUGAGUAUCUGGGGGAAGACCCUGUGCUGCACAUUGACCUGCAGUGCGCGUAUACAAACAGAAACAUAAAAGACAACCUGGAGAGAAUUGUCUCCAUAGUAAAAGACAUUCUGAAAGAGUAUGCGUCCCACAAAAAAAGCUAA